AUGUUGCGGCACAAUGUCUGGUUGACCCAUCUCCGGUCGACCAAAGCUUAUCUAGUAUCCAGUCUCUCACUAAGAAAGGAGAAGGGAAGAGGGGAAGAGGCCCAGGCAAACGGAAACAGUGGUGAGGCCCAGAGCUUCCUAGCUUACCUCAAGCAUACCGUUCUGGCCUCCCGCUGUACUUAUAGUCGACUGGCGCCUCCAUCAUUUCUCACCCCAGUCGAUCCGUCGAGACGGGGCCAGCCUUGGGCCGAAUCCUCUCAAACAGAACACCUCCACCCCGGACUCUCCUCCAGGCCCCACAUGGAGAAUGCGGGGAUGGAAUGGCGUCUCCCGACAGAGUGGACUUGA